CAUUAGAUCGAGGUAGGAGGUGUUAAACGGAGAUUGACACAAAUGAUGUGUUGUCUAAGGGCAUGGGAUCUUGGCUAUGGGGAAGGGGCUGGCAGUCUUAUGUCACUUCUGAUAACAGACAGGCCCAGACACUUGCAGGUGUUACAGAAAAAGACAGCGCAUGCACUCCACUGUUAAAGAACGCAGACUGAGCGAAGACAGUACACCGACACAAAGCAGAUGAAGCACAAUGAAGGUGGCAGGAGACUAUAAAUACCACCCCGAGUGCUUCGUGUGUUUAAGCUGCAAGGUGGUGAUUGAAGAUCAGGAUACCUAUGCCUUAGUGGAACGAACCAAACUCUACUGUGGUAAAUGCUACAAGCAGGUGGUCCUGACGCCGGUGUUGGAGAAGCGUGGUUUGGCCGACUCUCCUACGGACCUGCUCCCUCACACAGUGACUCUGGUGUCCAUGCCCGCUGCAACCAAUGGUAAAAGAGGUUUCUCUGUCAGCGUGAUUAGAGACUGCACAAGUGCCACGGCCAGUGUCCAAGUUAAAGAGGUCAGAGGCAUGCAUAUUAGUCCAGAGGUUCGGAACGCCAUCCAUGUUGGGGACCGAAUCCUGGAGAUCAAUGGACUCCCGGUGUCAGCUCUGAUGGAGGAGGAGGUGGAGGACCUGAUCCAUCGGACCAGUCAGACACUGCAGCUGUUGAUGGAAUAUGAUCCAGUCAGACAGCGUCUGGACCGACUCCGCCUGGGCUCUUCCCGCAGUCAGCUGGGUGUCCCCGCGGCCUCCCGCAUGCGUAUGUCCUCCUCAGCGGAUGCUGAGAUCGAACGAAGUGACUCAGUUGACAAUGGGACGUUAAAAAGGAGGUCCCUCAGACGUAGCAACAGUAUCUGCAAGUCUCCAGUUUCUUCAUCUCCAAAGGACCCUCCGAUUCUAACUCGAGAUAUCGGGCGCUCUGAAUCCCUCCGUUCUCCUUCCAGCCGCUCUCACCGUAUUUUCCGACCCUGUGACCUCAUCCAUGGAGAAAUCCUCGGAAAAGGCUUCUUUGGACAAGCCAUCAAGGUGACCCAUAAAGCCACAGGUGAGGUGAUGGUCAUGAAGGAGCUGAUCCGCUGUGAUGAAGAGACACAGAAAACGUUCCUAAAAGAGGUAAAAGUGAUGAGAAGUCUUGAUCACCCACACGUUUUGAAGUUCAUUGGGGUUUUGUACAAGGACAAGCGGCUUAAUCUGAUAACAGAGUUCAUUGAGGGAGGCACUCUAAAGGAUUUUAUCCGAGACACGGACUCAUUCCCAUGGGAACAGAGAGUUAGCUUUGCAAAAAGCAUCGCAUCUGGAAUGGCAUAUCUGCAUUCAAUGAGCAUCAUACAUCGAGAUCUCAACUCUCACAACUGCCUGAUCAAACUGGACAACACCGUCGUGGUGGCAGAUUUUGGUCUAUCUCGUCUAAUCAUGGAGGAUAAGGUCAAGCAGCCACCCCCUGACAAACCAACCAAUAAGAAAAGACUGUUUAGACGGAUUGACCGUAAGAAACGCUACACAGUGGUGGGGAACCCAUACUGGAUGGCCCCAGAAAUGCUUAAUGGUAAACGCUAUGAUGAGAAGGUGGAUAAUUUCUCCUUUGGCAUUGUGCUCUGUGAGAUUAUCGGUCAGGUUUAUGCAGAUCCCGAGUGUCUCCCGAGAACGCUGGACUUUGGGCUCAAUGUGAGAAAAUUCAUUGAGAAAUUUCUUCCUGAACACUGUCCUCCAGCUUUCUUUGCAUUGGCUGUGGCUUGUUGUGAUCUCAUCCCUGACAACCGGCCUGCUUUUCAGAAGUUGGAGGACUGUUUUGAGGCAUUAGCUCUGAAUCAGGAGUUGAAUAUCCCUCUGCCUGCUGAACUGGAUGAUCUUCAGCAGACGUUUUUAAGGACUUAUGGACCCAGUGAAAUUGCCUCUGAAAACCAGGAAAACAACAUAGACUAAUCCAACAGCAGCACAGGCUGAGAUAUGGGCUGGAUUUUGAUGAGUUCACAGAACUGAAACAGAGCAUUUACUUUGGGUUUGCAUACUGGGAACAUGCUGAUGCUGGUGUUCUUCGGAGAGGUCUGUCAUGACGCUCAGAACUUUGAGGGCAUUCUAGAACUGCAGAAGAGUUCUGUUAAAGGAACAGGUACAUUUCAGUGACCUUGAGCUUCUUUGUGACAUUUUUCCCCUUCUGUCUUACUGUGGAUGGUUUAGUUUUGAUUUAUCCAUGUAGCACAAACCUUUAAGAGUGCUUACCACUAGUUGAGUUCUAGAAGUUUCAAAUGUCAGAUUUUUUCAUAGUGUAGCAUCCAUUAAAUUGAUCAAUUUUCAAUCACAACAAUUAUAAAAGUGUGUUUGUCAUUAAACCUUUCAAGAACAUGUCUGGGUCAUAUUUUACCCCUCGCUAAAAAAGGCAUUUGAGGCCAUUAGGAUUAGAUUUUAGGACAAUUAUGCACACCCCCCUCCCACGUUCUGAGCAAUGAUAUUAUUUAAAGUUGUAUUGUUUAUGCCAAUUUAAAUAAUAAAUACAUCAUUGAGAAUAUUGGGAAUUGCAAAAAAAAAAAAAAAAACUUUUAGGAGGAAAUGUGAUUAAUUGUCCUAGAAAUGUAAACGUUAAAAUUGGAUUUAAUGUGACCAGGACAUGUUUUCAGGUGAUUAACCUCGUUAUUUCAAAGUAUAAAAAUAUGGAAGGUUCUAUUGAUUCACGAAAUUGAACUCUAGGAAUGUAAAGCAAACAUUGUUGAAGCACACUGCCCCCUGCAGGCCGUUGUGCUUAAGUGCACGCACUUGACUCCUGACCUCUGUUAACUCUAGAAUCUAAAAACCCAGAGAGAGAAAACACUUAUGAAAG